CUGCUUAGAGCACCUACAGGCCUCUCCAGCUCUACUGAUGGAGCUGUGACAUCAUUACAGCUAUAAACCGCAGGAGUCCUCGUAUCAUCCCUCGCAUUCGCUCUGAGGUUUAUGAGCUCUUUCACUCUGAGACCCCUAAACCUGCAACAGUGAUGGCGUAUCAGACCGAGGUGAUCAUGACUCAGCCGCAGGUGACGGUCACCAAUUACAGCAUCACCACUGGUUCCUCUGACUGGAGCUCCAACCUCUGCGACUGCUGUGAUGACUGUGGCAUCUGUCUCUGUGGGACGUUUAUCCCGUGUAUCCUGGGCUGUCAGGUUGCGCAGGACCACGGGGAGUCCUGCUGCCUGCCCUGCCUGCCUGGAGCCAUGAUCGCUCUGAGGACCAGCAUCCGAGACAAAUACCGCAUCAAUGGGUCUGUCUGUGAUGACUGGAUUGUUAUGGCCUGCUGUCCUCUCUGUGGAAUCUGUCAGUUGGCUCGAGAGCAGAAGACGAGAGGCUAAUUU